UUUUAACAUUCUUAAAUUUUAUUUACCCGCCUUUUUAUAACUUGACGAUUUUUCCAUAAAAACGAUCGACCUGUGUUUAUGAUUUACCUUUAAGCGUGACAGGUGGAAGGAGACCAGUUUCGGUUAUUGAAACCCCAAAAUAAUUUUUUUUUCUUACUCUUAUUAAAACCUAAUGGAGACCAAACUUGUGUAUAAAGAUCGAUUUGAAAAGAAUGCUUACAGCCUUAUUGAACUCGGAACACCUGAAUUACUAGCAGCUUUCGAAUCAGGAAACAGUAUCGUCAUUAAAGGACUUGCAGAGGAUGAAGCUGUUCUAUGUACAGACACCAAAACCUUUAUGGUUCGUCAAGUCAACACUUCCAACUCUAUAAUCUUGACCGAGCGAGACGACCUUGAAGCACAACACAAAGUACAGGACAAUCUGUCACAUACAAUUGAAUUGUUACCAUGUCUUGCACGCACAAGUCGGUUGGAUGAGUUACUAGGGCACUCUUGCUACUCAGGCGAAGAGAAUGAAGAGGCGAUAAAAGCAAGCCAGACAAUGUAUCGUUUGGAGGAUUUAUUAACGGUGGUACAAGCCAGUAAGAGUGAAUUACUGAAGGGAUUAGACAAACGAGGGGCAUUUGUGCAUGAAGAUUAUUAUCGAUUGUUUGAAAAGGAUUAUCUGCUUCAGCUAUUUGAUUAUUUAUUGACGAAUUCGAUUAUUAAUGGCAUAGAUAUCAAGAUGAUCACAUUGGGAGAAGCCAAACAGUGUAUAAAGGAAGGGUCAUCCGAGGAGAAGGUGGACAUACCCGAUGACCUUUUGGUAUCAGCUAUCAACGUGUUUCUGACAAGGGUGGAUCACCAGGAUAAAGAACAUGAACUGAUUGAGUUUGAUCGAGCAAAGAUUUGUCGUUUCAUGGGUGAGUGGAUGUUAUCUAAUCCUAGAAGUAAACGGUGGGAAUUAGAAGAUUUCACAAGGCUUUGGAGUACAAUGUGUCACGAGUUAUUUACGCCAGAGUUACAAGAUAUUGAUGGAUUAUACCUAAUGUAUGAAACUAUCAAAUUGUCAAAUACUGUGCAAUAUCUACAAUAUUUUCCUGUAUCUGAACUAUCUACUGACCCUCCUCAACGUUUUGCUGCCUUGUUCUCUGAAAAACCCUUGUGGACCUUGGCCGAGAUUCAACCUUUUUUGGUGGAUUUAGCACCUACCAAGAAGGAACAAGAGCAUCUGCUACUCAAGUUUGCUAGAUCGCAUCGUAGCAAGAAUACAACCUCAUAUGGUAGUCGUAUCAAAUAAGUUAUAUAUAUAAAUAGUUAUAAAUAAAUAUAUACAUAUAAUAAUAUAUAAAAAAAAAGGUAUAUUUUUAUUGGUGCUUAUAAUAUCGCUGUGAGAUAAGAAUGACUUCACCAUAUUCUUUGCGGUAUUCCCAAGUGAUAUCGUAUCUAGACAACCUUGUAC